CAAUGUUUCUGAGUCUGGGCGGAGCAUUCGGUGCGUUUGGCUCUGGAAAUGCUGCGGGCAGCAGUGGUUUUGGCCAAUCAGCAUUCGGUUCGUCUAAUCCAUCUACUACAACACAGAGCAAUCCUUUUGGCGGAGGUGGAAGCUCUGCAUUUGGACAGACGGGAUUUGGUUCGUCCAAAGCACCGGCAGCUGCGUCGAGUGGGUUUGGGUCCUCUGGUUUUGGAACUUCUGGUUUUGGCAAACCUCCUGCAAAUACGGCAUCAGCCUUUGGAAGUGCUAGUUCUGGAGGAGCGUUUGGGUCCGCUGGGUUUGGUAAUUCUGGGUUUGGGUCUUCACAGUCUAAACCUGUCGAAAAGCUGUCUGGAUUCGGAAACGCUGGGUUCGGUAGUAAGCCUGCUACUGGCGGUGCGUUUGGAAGCUCUGGGUUUGGCACUUUUGGCAAUACCGAUAACAACCAGACCAAAUCGACUACAUCUCCAUUUGGCGGUUCUACUUCUACUCAAUCUGCAUUCGGCUCAUUGGCUACCAAGCAAAAUCCCUUUGGUGCCUCUGCCUCAUCUGGCAGCAAUACUGCUGCAUUUGGCUCACAGAGUCAGUCAUCUCCCUUUGGUUCCAGUAACAGUAAUAAUCGUAGCGUAUCGGCAUUUGGAACUGCAAAUACUGCUGCUAAUCCGUUUGCUGCUGCUAAAGGCAGUUCUUCGCCAUUUGGUAAUACAUCUGGUACUUCUGCAUUUGGCUCUGCCACUAAUAACUCAGCUGCUUCUUCAGCUUUUGGAGCCAAUAAGAAUGCACCCAGUGCCUUCGGAAAUACUACAGCAGCCGUUCCUUUUGGCUCUAAUAGUGCUUCUAGUGCUACUGGUGCUACUAGUGCAUUUGGUUCCAAUAGUCAAACCAGUGCAUUUGGCUCCAGCAAUAGCAAUACUAGUGCAUUUGGUUCUAAUACUACAAGCGCUUUUGGAGCUUCUGCCAAAACCGAUUCACCCUUUGGAGCUUCAACGAAAAACGAUAAAAUCUCUGCUUCCCCAUUCGGAGCUGCUUCAAGUGCCCCUGCCUUUGGUUCUGCCGCUGCUGCCGGUUCUCCAUUUGGAGCAGCAGCUACCAAGAAUGCGUCUCCUUUUGGAAACUCAUCGUCUAAUGAAGUGUUCGGUAACAGUGCCUCCGGGGCUGCUACGGCUACUCCUUUUGGAGCACAGGGUUCCACUCAGUCAUCUGCGGGAUUUGGUGCUCCUUCUGCGCCUAUUGAAGAAGAAGGUCUCAAGGAUUUAGCACCUUCAGUUAUAGCGGCUUUUCAGGCUGCCAAGUUCGAACUUGGAAAAAUUCCAGACGCUCCACCCCCUCCUAUACUAUGCUAGGUGUAGUUAGAUGUGUUGUAAUAUAGUAAUGAAAUCAUGUAAUAU